AUUAUAUAUAAAUUGAGUCAACGAUGGCAUUUUCAUUCAGAGCUGGCACAAAUUGGUGCCACGACUUCCCUAAGCUCGCUCGUGAAUCUGGCUUUUAUUUUAAUAUGCAUGCAACUAGAGUGCGAGUUGAUUGGAAUCGCAUAAGUUCUAUUGAUAUAGAUCGAGUAAUAAGAGAAAGAGAUUUUCAAAUUGUCGAUGAAAAUGUCAACAAUGUCAUUGAUUAUUACUUGGAAAGCGAAUAUGACGUUAAGAUUUUGGAUCCAAAUUUUGUUAAAUUAUUUCGCUUAGCGCAAUUGGCUGUUGAAUAUUUAUUAUAUUGCAAACAAUAUUUAGAUCAAAGUGUUGUUAUUUUAAAAGAAGAACUCAAAUACAAAAUUGAAGAGAACAUUAAAAUGAAAGAAGAAGUCAUGAAAUUACAAAAUUCAAUUAGGGACAUUAAAGAGAAACUUAAAGAAAAAAAUAAAUGUAUAGAAACAAAGUCCGACAUACGUGGAGAAAUUCAUAAAUGCCCAUAUUGUCCAAAGACAUUCAUAUCAGCGUCAUUUGCAAAUGCUCAUUUAAUUCGACGACACUCUAAUAUUUCCGAGGCACUGUCUAGCUCAUCACCAGUAAACGAUGAAUACAGAGCCGAGACUGAAAAAUUGCAUAACGAAAUAAAAACUUUGAAAGAACGACUGAAUCAAACCGAGCGAGUUAUUAGAAAUGAAUCUAACAAGCUGACUUUACAAAAUGAAAUAUCAAACAAAGAAAAGGGAACGGAUUUAAUGAACGACGGUGUUUCCUUACAAGGGGAGCAGUAUAGAAGAUACCAAGAUGAAAUGAGUGAUUUGAAAACCAUGCUGUUUACGGAAAUUAGAAAUAUUAAAAAGAAAGAAAACAACUCAAAUCAGCAUGAGAAUGCGACGAAUCACGAAGGGAUUAAAGAAUUGGCCAAUCAACAAGAAAGUGAAAUUCAAAGAUUAAAAAAUCAAUUACAAGAACAUCUAACAUCGAAUAAAAAUGAAGUUGAGGUGAAGCUAUCGAAGCAAGAAGAAUAUUGGAAGUCGAAAAUUGAGCAUCUUGAAAGCCAACAUCGCAGCGACAUUGAAAAUCUAUUUGGUCAAAUGAAAGUAACGCAAGAAUCUGCAAUGAAUAUGAAAGCCGAGUACGAAGGAAAAGUUUCAUUUUUGGAACAACAAUCCAUCGAUCAAUCGAAAUUACUUACUGCUCAAAGCGAGCAACUUAAAAGUCUUACGAAAGAUAUACAAGGCGCUCAGAGCAUAAAAUCUACGGAAAAUGAUAUCGAAAUUAAAAAAUUCGACAAUCAACGUACGGAAUGUAUAAAUGAAAGUGCCGUCGAUAAAAACAAAGCAACAUUGAAAUAUAAAAAGAUCAAAGAUAAUACUAAACAACCCACUAAUAAUCUCAAAUUCAACGAAAGCUAUUAUAGACUGUUGAGGAAUAAAAAAGGUGAGGCAUCGCCCAGAAUGAAGAGUCACAACAAGUUAUCUGGAGAAUAUCAUUCUUUAAAUCAGAAAGACAAGAAGCCCGAAAGGGGUUCGCUUUGCAAAAUUAUGACAAAAGCCGGCAUGCGAUAUUCCUCUUUAAAUGAGUCAGAAUCAAGUGAAAGCAGCACCGAUAUAGAAUCGGAAUUUGAGUUUGAAGAAGAAACGGACGGAGACACGAGCUAUGAUGUAACACACACCAGUAGCACCAACGAUGAAAUGCAAAAAGAAAUGGGAAAUAAAAUUAUUCAGCGAACCAGCCCCCGUCUCUCGUUAAAAACGAAUACAUCUUCGGUAUCAGUUGAGAUAAUCAAAGGAGAAUUGCAAGACGCUUUUGAAAGUAAAUUAAAGAAUUUAGGAAUCGAUCCGGAAUGGAGUACAAUACCAAUAGCUACAUUUAAUGAAAAAAUGGAGAGCAUUAAGCAUCAGCAAAAUAUUUUAUCUAAAAAACAUCCGAAAUAUGAACAGAUACGUCGAAAAUUACUCGAAGAAAUCAUUAGAAGAAUAAACGUGAGUGAAAAAUGUCCUAAGAGAUUCGAAUUAGAAAAAAAAUCAUUUUUAAAUAAAACGAUGAAAAAUGUCAAGUCAAAGGCAUUGAAAGCAUUUCAUGACUUUAAAGUACAAAAAAGCAAUGAUACUUCGACGUCGGUCGUGAGCUCAAAAAAUUCAACACCCAGAGAGUCUCAAACAAUGCAUAAGUUAAGCCUUGAGCUUUUACCAAAUAAACCGACUCAACUGGAUAUCCAAGAAAUGAAACGACAAAUUAAAUCUGAAUCGGAUAAAAAGCAAAAAAGAUACGAACCAGUGACGAGAUCAAAAAAAUCCAAUUUUCAUAAUAAAACAAAGAUGAACGAAACAGUGGUAGAACCAGUCCUGGAACCAUCCAAGUACAUAAAAAAGCUACAUCGUUCUUAUCAAAGUAUCGAAGAGUUCCUAAAAGAUAUUAAAGAAUCUCCAAAAUUAGAUAUGCCAAAUACAAAAGUGGCUUUAUCUCCUUCGUCAACUAUAAAGUCGAUACUCGAGGAUUCGAGUCCUGGAGUUAAUGAGAGCGAGACAACGAAACCCGAUACCACGUGGGCUCCGGCAUCACCAAAAAAUAAUAAAAGCGUUCUUAAGUCAACGAGUGGAUCAAUGGGAAACAUAGUGAAAAAGAAAGUUCUUUUUGAUUUAGAAAAAGAUAGCACCUCCGAAAAAAAGUGUACUUCAACAAAAUCCAUCGGCGAAAUUAUUGAAAAGGAAUACAAUGAAAUUAAAGAAUUUAAUGAUAUUGGCUGGGAUUUUCCAAGGUUUUGUGAAACCUUUAGUAUCGUGGAAGAGCAAGAGCGAGUAACUCGGAAGAAAAGUUCGAGUACCGAGAAUAUUCAAUUAAAAACUUCGCAAAGUGAAAAAAUUGCUGAAAUUUCGAGAAAAAUUCAAGAGAAGCUCGAAACUGCACGUCGCAAACCACUUGGAUCGAUAGAGGCUAUGUUUUCAUCUAAGACACUAUCAGCUGAUAAUGAUAUAAUUGAAAUGACCCACAGUAAACAGAGUUCAAUGGACAUGAUGAAUUCCAUAUUGGAUUAUUCAACUAGUCAAGUUGAUAUCAAAGCUCAAAGUAAUGCUAGUCAAGUGCCUCCUCGACCUGCACCUCGCAGGCAAUUAUUCGAAACCAAAGAUAUUGAUUUGAACACAAAUAUAAAUGAUUUAUUACCAAUUGAUUGAUACAAGGUUUCCUAUGAAAGA